GAAAUUUGCAAAACAAAGGAAUAAUACUAAAGGACACCUUAUCCUAGACUACAUAACUAUUUCCUUGUACCAUUAUGGCCGAAAUUGACUUUGUCGUUUUGAAGGUUAAUGGCGCCGAUAUAAAUCAAUUACCAGAACAAAAAUUGGUUCAAAUGUUCCUUACUGCCGGCGAGCCGUUGCUUGUAGAAAUUCAUAGGAAAUAUAGCUGUAACGAAAGCUACAUUACUGAUAGCAAUUAUGGCAAACAAGAUUCCGAUCAUAUUAUAUCCAAGUCGGAUGUUCUUCAAAUUACUCCAAAUGCAGAAACCACGAAAGGACUGUCGGUAAAAAAUAGCUCUUCAAAUACAUCUGUCAAAAUAAAAUUGGUUGUAGCUAUAAACCAGUCACAGUCUUCGAAAAAUUUAGAAACUUGUAUUGAGCGUGUGUGCAAGACAACUCAAACUGACACUAGUUAUUAUCUCUAUGGUAGUUCAAAGAAAGCGGCUGAUCAUUUCGUUGAACAUGAACAUAAUUUAUUAGAUCAAUGUAUGGCACCAGAAAUUGAUGUAGAAGAAAUAACACUGCGAAAGUCAGAUAGCAACGAACGACUGGGAUUAAUUGUUUGUUAUAAUAGUUCCGCCAGCAACGGUAAUAGCGGCGAAAAUAAUGGGGCCUUUUCUAGUUCUGACGACAACGAUGUCUGCACUGAAGUAUACAUAAGUGGUAUACAACCGGAUAGUGUAGCUGGAAGAGACGGUCGCUUGCGUCAAGGAGAUCAAAUACUUCAAAUCAAUGGAAAGGAUAUCAAAAAUAAAGAAGAAACCGAACUGUUAAUAGCGGAAAAUAAUAAUGCUGUAACUCUUUUAGUCAGCCGAUAUCUUUUUGCGGAGGAGGACGAGUUCAACGAACCUUUGUUGGCUGAUAUAGAAAUCGAUGAAGAGGAUGACGCCGAGAAUGAAGAGUAUUACGCUGAAAAUAAUAUGACUUAUGAUAUUUGUUUUCCACAGAACGUAGCCACUCCAGAUUUAGAAAAGGCUUUAGUAACUCAUCACGACAAUAAAAUCAAACAACCACAAUCUACUUUUAGUGAACAAAGACCCUCAAUAACAACAGUACCUUCUACGGCCGUGACAAUAUUAGCCCAUCCUAGUAAUGUCAAGCAAAGAGAUGCAGAUACUGCAGAUAGCCCGGAAAAGAACCCUAUGUUUGGUUGUGAAAAAAGUAUUGAGCAGUUGCCUAGUCCUGCUUUACAGCAAAAUAUAAAAAAGGAACACAACUUAUCAAAAAGGAAUUUACGGCCAUCCAAAGUUGACCAGCUUAUUUUUCGUACACCAACAACGCUUGGAUCGUCAAGAAAAAAAUCAAAUGAUCAAAGAGAUAGCAAUUACGAUACGGCAGAACAUAUAUAUGAAACUAUACCAGAAGAUUCAGAAUUGGAGCCAGUUUAUUGCUCCCCCUAUGAGAGUUCAACAUAUGUUACGGCUUUGGGGUCCUGUUCAUCUGCCGCUACCGACUCUUUGCAACAGUUGCAACAAAAGAAAAACUUAGUAAAAUGGUUAGAUGUAUGUUCUACUCCUAUGACGGGUUCGGAAAAUGCUAUCAAAGAAUCUGGACGAAGUACUAGCAGUUGUAUUCGUAAAUAUUGGAAUAGCGAUACAAAUAAAAAAAAUAAUACUGUCUCCAGUACCUUAACAACUAUAACAAAUGGAUCAAGUAGUAGUGGAGGCAGCGCAAAUAGCGGUGUGGGCAAUAGAAUAGAUUUUUUGCAAGAUGAAGAACUUGAUCACUCUUCUAGUGCUUACAAUACGGAAGGAUCAAAUAAUAGUACGGUUCAAUUUGUCUCGGCACUGAAUCCAAAUGGUAAGUGUUAUGGUGUACGUGAAGACUUCAAAACGCAGAAUUUCCAACAAUCGAAGGCCAAAACUAAUCAUGUCUUGAAUAACAUUGGCAUUGAUAGCAUAACGCAGCUUCCACAAACUCUAAGUAGUAAUCUAGUUAUUUCAGGUGGUUCAACAGAUUUUCGCGAAACUCUUUUAUUGAAUGCAACUUUAGAAGAACAACCUACAUUUUCACCAAACCACAAAUUUAAUAAUGAAUCUUACCAGACCUUUAACAAAAGUGUGUUUCCAAAUGCGAUUUCACAACAUCAACACUAUCAUUUGUCUCAAUCGCUGACGCGGGAUAAAAUUCUUCAUCUACAGAGCUCAUGCUGUCCUCAAUUCAUUGCACCAAACCUAAGUCAAUAUCAUUUUGUUAGCAGUCAAGAGGUUAGAACUGGUUCUCAGCUGGUAACAACAGUACCUUUACUUACCAACACUUACGUUAACCAAAAACCUCAUUCGAAAGAUGAAGCUAUGGUUUGGAAAGUUAAACGUCGUCAAGAUGGAACAAGAUAUAUUGUUCGUCGUCCUGCUCGUAACCGCUGCAUGGUACAAAAUCGUUCUAUUCGCAUUAAUACAGAGCACAUGCGUAAUAGAGAUAUUUCAACAACCGCGGAGGAGGAUAAUAUGUCAGAAGUAAAAACAGGACGUUACUGGCCCAAAGAAGAACGAAAAAAACAUGUUGAGCGUGGAAGAGAACGAAAACAACAAAAUCAGUGUCAACUAUCUAGGGCUCUUCUCGUUUCUAAAGUCUGUGUGAAGGAUCAAACAUCCCCAAAACCGUUUCAACAAAAGAGAAAUGCCUUAAAUCAGCAAUAUCGAACCAGCCAGCGCAGGGUUAUUGAACAUGAAGCUAACAGUAUUCAACAAUCCUAUGCAACUGCCACCUUGCAGCAGCAUUAUCAACUGCAAUUCAAUUCAUCACGGAUACAGAAACCUUUAAAAAUGAUCGGCGGAUGUGACUCUAAUGAAACAAACGGCCUUUCUAGUACUGGGUACAAUGAAAUGCAGCUCAUAUCAACAAAAGAGUCGAUGCUUGAAACAACGGAGAAGGAAUUAGGUAGAAUAACUUUGGCACCACUGUCGGAAUCUACCAUAACCAUGAACAAACUAAACAGCGAUGGACAAUGUAGGCCAAUAGCGUUGCCGAGUCCUCAAGAUGUUAAUGUUACAAACACAUCGAUUUUUUCAGCUUCCGCUGAAGACAAUGAAUUAAACAAUUUUAUAUCCAGGACAUCGGUUUAAAUAUUGUUAACAUAUUUUGCAAUAUGCAGCCUUUCAUUCCACUUUUUUGAAUCUAUUUAUUUUUUAUUAUUUAUUAAAAAAUACAAAAUAAACUAGUCCUUUGAAAUUAAA